AGUAUUUAAAGGUAACUUGCUAGCAAAGCAGACUACAGAUUUUGCUAAACAUUAACCAGAGUUCUGCUCCAAUGGCAACAACAUCAACAUCUGUGCUUGGCUUCAUGGAUUUUCUCUUUGCAUCUGAUCUUUUUGAUGGAGAAAAGUUCCUGGUAUCAGAUGCCAAAUAUGCUGAAGAUUUACAUUUUCAAGAGGAUCAGUUGUCUUUUGCAAUCUCUUCUCAACUGAUCAUCGACAGUAUCCCUGAGCUACCAGAGACAACAAAUGAUGAAGCUGGUCAGUCCUACUCCUCACAGAGCUUCUGUGAGAUAUGCCUUGAAAGAAAAGAUAAGGAUCAGAUGUUCACAAUUGGGAGCUGCUUUCACUCCUUCUGUUCUGACUGCAUUAGCCAGCAUGUCAUAACAAGGGUCCAGCAAAGCACAAUCACAUGUCCAGAAGUGAACUGUAAAUCUGUGUUGGAGCUGGAUGCCUUAAGGCCCUUGCUUUCUAAAGAAGUAAUCAUUCGUUGGAAAGAUGCACUUUGUGAAGAAUUUAUUCGUCCCUUACCAAAAUUUUACUGUCCUUUUGAGGAUUGCACGGCCAUGUUUGUGGUUGAUAGUAAAGGAGAAGACAUCAGGCAAUCGGAGUGCCAAUUCUGCCACCGAAUGUUCUGUGCAAAGUGUGGAGUCCCUUGGCAUCCAGGGGUCAGAUGUGAGGAGUUCAAGGAGUUGGAUGAGAGAAACAGAGAUGAUCUCAUGUUGAGGAAACUUGCCAAGGAGAAAAACUGGGGUAGGUGUCCCCACUGCAAGGUCUAUGUUGAAAGAACAGAUGGUUGCCCUCAUAUGACCUGCAGGUGUAAGUUCCAAUUUUGUUAUGGAUGUGGAGAAGAAUGGACAAAGGACCAUGGUGGUUGUGAAAGAAACUGAGACUAUAAAAAUAAAUUUUAAGAAAAUGGAAUAUUUACUCACAGCAUAUUUCAUGUUUUCUGAAGUUUGAUUGGGUUUUUAGCGCUAUAGACUGGGAGGCAUGAAUGUAUAGAGGGUCUUUGGUUCAAAUGAGAAAGGUCAAGGAAAAAGAAUGUACUCUGUAUUUGGCAUUUAAGAUCAUUUUCACUCGUCUUCUUCUUCUUUUGAUCAAAUUGAAAUUAGUUCCAUAUAUUAAUUAAGUGGAGGAAGGAGAAAUGAAAUUCAUGAGGUUCG